AUGGAGGUCGAUUCAAUACCUCCGGGCCAUGGCGCAUCCCCGAAGCAGUCGUCGAGAUCGCCGUCCCAACCAUCCACGACACCAUCCGCGUCGGCAGGCACGACGACAACCACCACAACCGCGGGGCAGAUGAGCUUCAGGAGACAACGAGCUUCAAGAGCAUGCGAAACAUGCCACGCCCGCAAAGUCCGCUGUGAUGCUGCGAGCCUCGGUGUCCCUUGUACCAACUGCGUCGCCUUCCAGAUUGAAUGUCGGAUCCCAACGCCGAAACGGAAGAAGGUGCACAACACCGCUGUGCCAUCCAGAGAUUCUGACAGCGAUCGAGGAGACGACGACCGAUCCCCUCUGCCGCCUGGCACGACAACCUUCCCCAGCGGGACCCGACCUCCGGCUGUCUAUCACACCCAUGAGGGAACGCCAUCGAAGGCGAACGUGGAGGCAGAGCAACAGAAGAAGGAGGAAUUUGACAAUGCUACACUGGCAAACUAUAUGGAUCUCGUCAUGAAGCCGAAGUUCACGAGAGCACCAAUCACCGAGGCUGGGAGGGUGGCAUACCUGGGCGAGUCAUCCAACCUCACGCUCUUGGUACACGACCGCCAAAGGGACGGAGAUGUAGUGCACUAUCCCCUGCCAGAGAACAUCAGGGGCUCCAGGGCACGGUUGACCGAGUUGGACAAUGUCGAGAUUGACAUCUUGCAUCAACGAGGAGCAUUCCUCCUCCCACCACGGGCUCUCUGCGACGAGCUCAUCGAUUCCUACUUCAAAUGGAUCCACCCGAUCGUCCCCGUCAUCAACAAGACCAAAUUCAUGCGCCGGUAUAAGGAUCCCAAGAACCCGCCAUCAUUGCUCCUUCUGCAAGCUAUGCUGCUCGCAGGCUCACGCGUCUGCACAAAUUCGCAGUUGAUGGAUGCGAACGGCUCGUCAACGCCAGCUGCCCUGACGUUCUACAAACGAGCCAAGGCUCUGUAUGAAGCAAAUUACGAGGAUGACCGCGUCACCAUCGUCCAGUCCCUCUUGUUGAUGGGCUGGUACUGGGAGGGCCCCGAGGAUGUCACCAAGAACGUCUUCUACUGGACUCGGGUAGCGACCACGGUUGCGCAGGGCUCAGGAAUGCAUCGCAGUGUGGAGGGGUCGCAGCUCAGCAAGUCAGAUAAGAGGCUAUGGAAGAGGAUUUGGUGGACUCUUUUCACCAGAGACAGGUCCGUAGCUGUUGCCCUGGGCCGGCCGUGUCAGAUUAACCUCGAGGACUCGGAUGUCGAGAUGUUGACAGAGGACGACUUCAUCGAAGACGAGCCUGACCAGUUCAGCGAGUACCCGCCGGAUCCGAUUCAUGUGCAAUUCUUCCUCCAGUACGUCAAGCUGUGCGAGAUCAUGGGCCUCGUGCUUUCGCAACAAUACUCGAUUGCGGCAAAGGGACGUCGGCAUAAUCCUAUCGAUCUGACACACAGCGACAUGGCGCUCGCCGACUGGCUCCAGAACUGCCCCAAGAUCGUGUACUGGGAGAUGCCGAGGCACCACUUCUGGUCCGCCUUGCUACAUUCAAACUACUACACCACUCUCUGCUUGCUGCAUAGGGCCCAUAUGCCACCAAGCGGCUCUCACAGGUUCCCGGAUGAGUCUGUUUACCCGUCCCGGAAUAUCGCCUUCCAGGCCGCAGCCAUGAUCACAUCCAUCAUUGAGAACCUCUCGGCCCGGGGGGAGCUUCGGUACUGUCCCGCAUUCAUCGUCUACAGUUUAUUUACGGCCCUCAUCAUGCACGUCUAUCAGAUGAGGUCGCCCAUACCAUCCAUCCAGCAGGUGACGCAGGACCGCAUUCGAACGUGCAUGGGCGCCCUCAGAGACGUAUCCAAGGUGUGGCUCGUUGGCAAGAUGGUGCACACACUGUUCGAGUCAAUUCUCGGAAACAAGGUCUUUGAGGAGCGGCUCCAGAAGGCGGGAGGCAAGAGACACCGCAAGGCGCAGCAAAGCUUGUCACAGCUCGAGCAACAUCGUUAUGCGCAAGAGCAGAAGCGAAAGUACGACGAGAUGGCGAUCGACUUCAGCGUGAGCACACCCCAGCCGCCAGAGUCGUAUGAGCGCUCCCGACCGCAAACACCAAGCCUCGCGCCGAAAACGGAGCAGGCACCCGGUGCAAUGCCACCUCCCGCCAAUGCAUCGCCGCACGUGCGGAACAAUGGCGACACCUUCAUGGGCGGGACCGCUUCGCGCUCUCACACUCGGCCAGCAACCCCCUUCAACCCAUCCUUCUCGGUGCCCGCAACGCCCCCGGACCUCUACCUCGUCACCCGCAAUUCGCCGAACCUGUCGCAGUCCAUCUGGGAGAAUUUCCAACCGGACCAACUCUUCCCGGAGAGCGCGCACGUCCCGCUGUUUCAGCAAUUCUCACCUCCCCAAGCUAACUUGGACGCGCACAUGAUGGCGCAGAUGCAAAACCAAAACAUUCAGGGCCCGCCGCCGCCGCCGAUAGACGCGAGCGGGCAGAAUGCGUAUGCUGGGCAGGGUGGUGGUGGAGUGCCUGAGAGGGGCAUGGCCGGGCUGGCGCUGCAGCAAAACACCAUGCUGCAGCCGGGCAUGGCGGCGGGGACGGCGGCGAGCGUUGGGUUUCAGAGUCAGGGACACCAACAGCAAGCCGGCGGCAAUAACAGCAGCACGUGGCAUGGGUUCGAUGGGGCGCCUGUCACGGACGGGCAGAGCCCGACCGAUAGCUGGAGUACCAGCUCGGCGCAGGGGCAGCCCGUGCCGUCGACGUUGAACGUGGAGGACUGGUGGGUGCUUUACUCCUUGCUUACUGAAAGUUAUGGAAGACGCUGACUUGGAUCCACACAAAUAGGUUCCAAUUCUUUGGCAUUCAUAAUGAACCGGGCAACCCGAUCAACCUUGAUAAUCUCCCGCUGGGUUAGGCGAUUCAAGGGGUGUGGGUGGCGUUGCACACGGAUUGCGUACGCAGCGAC